GCACGGCCGGGACCGCAGGAAAGCGUGCCAGCGGGCGGGCUCGCCGCCGCCACCGAAUGCCCCUCAACCGCAGCACCCCUCAAGCGCUCCAGGCGGAGGCGGGCGGCCCCCACCCCGGCCUCUCCGCCCCCUGCCCCGCAUUGGCUGCGGGCGGUGACGGGCAGCUGGGGAGGCCCCUGUCAGGCGGCGGCAGAGGGGCCUGCAUUGAGGGUCCGGCCGCGCCGGGGAGCGGUGGUGUGCUGAGCUGAAGGGUGUCGGACCGAGUCGUGCCUCCUCUGUGCAGCCAUGGGGGUAGAGGUCGAGACCAUCUCUCCGGGAGACGGACGGACAUUUCCGAAGAAGGGUCAGACGUGUGUGGUGCACUACACAGGAAUGCUACAGAAUGGGAAGAAGUUUGAUUCCUCCAGAGACAGAAACAAGCCUUUUAGAUUCAAGAUUGGCAGGCAAGAAGUCAUUAAAGGCUUUGAAGAAGGUGUUACACAGAUGAGCUUAGGACAAAGAGCAAAAUUGACCUGCACACCUGAGAUGGCCUAUGGAGCCACAGGCCACCCUGGGGUUAUCCCUCCCAAUGCUACUCUCAUCUUUGAUGUGGAGCUUCUCAGGUUAGAGUGAAUCAUCUCGAGGGAGUUGGCCGGAGACAUCUGUUAAUAACCAUCCAUUCUUUCUCGCCUUGCCAGCAGCAGGAGAGAUCUUCACUGGAAUCUCAAUCUUCCCUGCUCAAGCUGUCCUGUCAGUAGCACCUGCAGUUGGGUUCCUUAUGCCUUCUUUCUCUUUUUUAACUUUGUGGUGUCUGUAUUUGCCUUUUAUUAGAAGCUCUGUCCCGAGACAAAUGUCCAGCGUUGUAACAUUCUUCAGGUUGUACAUUUUAUUUAAUUUGCAUGUAAGAAGAAUUUACAGUGAUGAUUGAAAAGAGUAUAUAAAUAUAAAUAUAGCUAUAUAUUCCUUUUUGAAAAA